CAACUUCUCUCUCCCUUAUUUCACCUAUACCAAACAUUUCCUUCGAGUGCCAGAGUCAACCAACUACCUCUUCUUACCCAAAUCAGGUAGCGGGCCCACAUAACGUAAACCCUUUUUCUCUAUCUGGUGGCGCCAUACUAUAUAAACUCUCGUUAUCCUAAUCCUACAGGACCACACUUUUUCGCUCUCAUUCAACUCCACACUGUCUUCGUCUUCCUCCCCUCUCUGCGAAUCCCAUUCCAUCUUCUUCUCUGGAUAUCCCUUAGUGCAUGACUUGCUAAGAGAAUAUAUGCACUGAUUCAAUUAACCUUGAAUUAUGGCGCCAAAGACUAGAUUGGAUCCCGGCACAGCUAGCCAAGAGGAAUUGGCUUUCAAGGGGGCUUUCUCAAGUGGACAGCGGGGAAAUUUGAGAAACGUCGAUUCGAAUAGGGGGGCUUUCUCAAAUGGACAGUGGGGAAAUUUGAGAAACAUCGAUUCGGAUAGGUCUGCAAGCUUUCGUGAUGGUAAUGACAGUCAGAUGUUUAUUUCUGAUACUAGUAUGUUGCAGGGAAGUUCUACAUUUUCACGAGAUUCGGAUCCAUUUGCCCAGUAUUUAAAGUUGGAUCCAAUAACCACAGGAGGCCAAAAGUAUACAAGUUUAAAUGACUUAAAACGGGUUCUGGGGAUAUCUCCUGUAAACACCCUUGGAGAUUGUGCUUUUCAAACUGGUAAUCCGAAGUCUCGCAUUCCAGCGGAUCCGGAGGAUUUGAAACGAUUCAAAGCACGUCUACAGGAGGCUUCUGCUAGGGCUAGUUAUGGAUCAAAGAAGUUGGAUGAAUCUGUACACAAAUUAAACAAACAUUGGGAGGCGGUAAACUCAAACAAGCAAUUUCAGAACGAGGGGUUACGAAAUGAAAGGAUGAGGGGGUCCCAUUUAUCUAACAUGGGAAGUCAGACUCAUCAGAGCAUUACAGAGCUUGCAAAUAACAAACCAGAGGAUAUACCUAAUAAAAUCAUUCCGAACACGCACAUCAGUACAUCAGCUGUUGAGAUACAGGCGGAAGGGCAAAACAAUAGCUUUAGCAGACAGCCUUUGACAAUUGGAAAGGAUAAAGACAACAUCAAGGAUGUUGGUAAGGUUUGUGAUGGUGUUCAAGAGAAGGUUCAGAGGUUACUUGUAAGUGAAGAAACAUGGGAUAGAAAAAUGAAAAGAAAACAUUCCAUGGGCACCGACUUAGCCGGAUCCACAGAUGGGGAAGGAGAGCUUAAAAGCUUUAAGUAUUUAAAGCAAGCUAGUAUGUCUGGUCUGCGGUCUUGUGACAGUCUUCAAGAGAAGAUUCAAAGGUUACCUAUAAGUGGAGAAACAUGGGAUAGAAAAAUGAAAAGAAAACAUUCCAUGGGCACUGUCUUAGCCGGAUCCACUGAUGGGGAAGGAAAGCCGAAAAAAAUGAAAAGAAAACAUUUUACGGGCACCACCCUAGCCGGAUCCACUGACUCUGGUCUGCAGUCUUGUGAUGCCAUAGGUUUGAGUAGGUCAAGGCGACCACUAAUGAAGAAGUCACACAAUAGUAAAGAUAUUGCUCAUCUUGGGCAUCCAUCAACUAGUAGUUCCCCGAAUAUUGCUGGUAUGUCGGGUGAUGACAAGGAGGAACUAUUAUUUGCGGCCAACUUUGCUAGCAAUGCCAGCUAUACUGGCUGUUCUAGCUCAUUCUGGAAGAAAAUGGAACCUAAUUUUGCUCCGGCCAACUUGGAAGUCAUAGGCCACUUGAAGCAGCAGGUUAAAACAAUAGAGGAUGAUCAAAGUUAUUUGUCUCAAAAGCUUUGCCUUCAAAGUGAUGCCCCGGAUGGGAUUGUGCUUACGAACAACCUUUUUUCGCAAUAUCCACUUGAAGGAGAAAGAGGGAGAAACAUUUUAAAUCAAUCUGAUUCAAAAGAGCUAUCUUCAAUGUUUGACAUGGUUGAUCAACCUCACGAUGGCAGCUUUCUGUCCAGUCAAAUGGAUUUAGAAUACAAACUACCACCAUUGUACCGAAGAGUAUUGACAGCUCUGAUCAUUGACGAUCAAACUGAAGAAACUGUUGGAGAUGAAAACAUAUAUUUUCUGCAUGAAAGAGAUGACCCUCCUGUUGGAUCCUACACUGAGACAGUUUCCUGUAAUGGGAAUGCUACCUUUACAUGUGACGAAGUGUCUAUGGAGGAUAAACUCUUAAUGGAGCUACAGAGUGUCGGCAUAUACCCAGAACCAGUGCCUGAGCUUGCUGAUGAGGGUUGUGAAGCUAUUGAUCAAGAAAUUACUCAAUUGCAGAAGGGAAGCUGUCUACAGUUCUUCAAAAAGAAAGAAGGAUUUAUGAAAUUUAAUCAAGCAGUAGAAGAUGCCAGGGAACUGGAACAGCGAGCCCUUGAGCAAGUUGCUAUGGAAAAACUUGUUGAGUUGGCUUAUAAGAAGAAGCUGGCCUCUCGGGGAACUAUUGCAGCAAAGUAUGGAAUUUCUAAGAUCUCAAGGCCAGUUGCUUUGGCUUUCACGAAGAGGAAUCUUACUAGAUGCCAGACAUUUGAGGAAACCAGGAAAAGUUGCUUUCUGGAUCCCAUGUUUAAAGAUGUCCUAUAUACAACUCCUGCUCUUGACAACUAUACUGUUUCAACUGUUGCUGUUAACCGACCACUUGCUCAAAACUCUCGGCAAGAUUUUGCACCACCAGGUUCAUUUCCUUUCAGGGAGCAAAAUGUCUUGGGAAAUUCAAACCAUCCAUCUAACCUGGAUUUUGCCAGGACUGGACCAAUACUGAACGGAGGGAAGAAAGGUAAAGUGCUACCUGAUAAUGUUGGUGCUAGUGCAUAUUUGGGAGAGAAGAAAGGAGAAGUGCUACUUGAUGAUGAUGGUGCUAGUGAUUCUUUGGGAGGGAAGAAAGGAAAGGUGCUACUUGAUGAUGUUGGUGCUAGUGCUUUGGAAGGGCAGAAAGAAAAAGUGCUACUUGAUGAUAUUGGUGCUAGUGCUUCUCUGGGAGGGAAGAAAGGAGAAGUGCUACUUGACGGUGUUGUUGCUGGUGUUGGUCCUAGUGCUUCUUUGGGAGGGGAGAAAGGAGAAGUGCUACUUGAUGAUGUUGGUGCUAGUGCUUCUUUGGGAGAGAAGAGAGAAGUGCUACUUGACGAUGUUGGUGUUGAUGCUAGGGCUUCUUUGGGAGGGAAGAAAGGAGAAGUUCUACUUGCUAGUGCUUCUUUGGGAGGGAAGAAGGGAGUUGAGGAUGUUGGUGCUAGUGCAACUCUUGGUAAUUCAUUCUUGGGCGGAACAAUGGGAAAGAGGAGUAAAAGAGGGAAGAAACGAGAAGUGCUACUUGAUGAUGUUGGUGCUAGUGCUUCUUUUGGAGGGAAGAAAGGAGAAGUGCUACUUGACGGUGUUGGUGUUAGUGCUUCUUUGGGAAGCAAGAAAGGAGAAGUGCUACUUGACGGUGUUAGGUCUAGUGCUUCUAUGGGAGAAAAGAGAGAAGAAGUUCUACUUGACGAUGUUGAUGUUGAUGCUAGUGCUUCUUUGGGAGGGAAUAGAGGAGAAGGGCUAGUUGCUAGUGCUUCUUUGGGAGGGAAGAAGGGAGUUGAGGAUGUUGGUGCUAGUGCAAAUCUUGGUAAUUCGUUCUUGGGUGGAACAACGGGAAAGAGGAGUAAAAGAGGGACGGGGAAGGACACUUCUAUGAGAAAUUAUGUUAAAAGAGGUGGUCAUUCUUCUGCAAGUAACACAAGGAGUGAGCGUAAAACAAAAGUGAAGGCCAAACCACAGACAGAUGGACUCUCUACUUCUGCAAAAGGAUCUCUUAGCAAGUUGGUGGGAAAUACUAACUCUAAGCAUCAAUUGGCUUGUGGCUCUGAUCAACUGGUUUCCAGUGGUAACAAUAAUGUUGGCUCUCUAUCUCAUGGUUAUAGUAGUAACGAUUUUGCCAUUGAAACUGAGGAUCCCUUGGAUUUAACAAACAUGCCUGAACUAGACUCCAUAGGAUAUGGUGUAGAUAAAGACCUGGAUUCUUGGUUAAACAUUUGUGGGGAUGCCUUAGAAGAUGAUGAUGAGGCAGUGGGCCUAGACAUACCGAUGGACGAUCUGUUCACGGUUCUGUGAAGAGAAUGCAGGAUAUUAUAUAUUCCUAUACAUUAUUUGGUGUUUAUGAACUGCACUGUGUUGGUUGAACUCUGCUCAUACAAUUCAUUAGUCUCCAGUUGGCACUCUUAGUUAUGCUUAUUAUUAUUUUUGUAUAUACUGCCAGUCAAUAUCUACAGUACCAAAUAUAGAAGCCCAACAUAGGGUUAAAGAAAUACAGAAAAGAAGAAAAAGGUAGUUCUCAAUUGUUCAUAUGAGAGUAGAGCUCCAUUGGUUGUAACUAUUACAUACAUUACAAAUAAUUUAUAAUUCUGUUGUUAUUUUCUCU